AUGGUGCGUUUCAACGGCGUCGUUUCAACGCUGCUGUCCGGAUCUGUGCUUUUGGGCAGCUCUCUGGCUGCUGGCACGAGCAACUGCGAGGGAGUCAAUGCCAUUUCUCCGGCAUGCAAGUCGAACGAGAGCUUGCACUACCGGGACUUUUUCUACGUCGGUGGCAGAUAUGUGAACACAUCUUCCGGCAACCUGACGUUUGACCAAAUCUACGUUGAGAAGCUUACGCCGGCCGCUGGCGUGAAGCAGCCGAACCCCAUGGUCUUCUUCCACGGCGGAGGUGCUACUGGAACGACAUGGCUCAACACUCCCGAUAACCGCAAGGGCUUCGCCUCCUAUUUCCUAGACCAGGGCUACCAAGUCUACCUCCUGGACCAGACCUCCGUGGGCCGCGCAACUGAGGAAGACCUGGAGCAUUUCCCCAUGCGUUUCGGCUCGUCCGCCGAGAUCAGCCAGAAGGGCUUCACCGCGCCCGAGAUCACGAACGCAUACCCGCAGUCGCAGAACCACACGCAAUGGCCGGGCACGGGUCUGCGGGGCGACCCGUACUUCGACGCCUUCCAGGCCAGCCUGAUGCCGCUGACGACGAACCUGACGGCGCAGGAGCUGUCGAUGCGGGCGUCGGGCUGCGCGCUGCUCGAGCUGAUCGGACCGUCGUACCUCGUCUCGCACUCGAUCGGCGCCCUGUACCCGAUCCUGCUGUCCAACGACUGCCCGCAGCUCGUCGCCGGCAACAUCAACCUCGAGCCCACCACCAUCCCCUUCCAGAGCUACACCGGCAACGCCACCUCGGCCGUCGGCCAGACCAGCGCGCGCCCCUGGGGCCUCAGCAACACCCACAUCGACUACGAGCCUGCUAUCGCCUCCGCCGAUGAGCUCGAGACCGUUUCGGUCGGCGAGGAUACGAUUGCCCUUCGUAGCUGCCUCAUGCAGGUCGAGCCCGCCCGCAAGCUGCCCAAGAUCGCUUCCGUGCCGUACGUCGCGUUGACCGGCGAGGCUAGCCCGCACAUUACGUACGACCACUGCAUCAUUGGUUAUCUGGAGCAGGCUGGCGGAAAGCCUGAGUGGAUUAAGCUGGGCGAGAUUGGCAUUCACGGAAACGGACACUUUGGUUUCUUGGAGCUGAACAACAUGGAAAUUGCCGCUGUGGUCCAUGACUGGAUCCAGCAGAGGACGGUUACUGCAUAG